AGUUUUCCUGCUGAACACAGUGUUCAGUGAAACGCCUCGGCUCGGUAAUGUGCUGCGAGGAUGUGAAUGUAGUCCGUUGGUGGUGACCCGACACUAUGCAUGUCCCAGCUGCUGCUCUCAGUCCCACCUCCAGGUGAAGCCUCCCCAGCUAAGCUCUAGUAUCUUCCCCCCUUUACCAUCAUGGCCUCUGAGCAGCAGACCAACAGCCCCCCAACCCAGCCCAGUGCAGAGUACUUCUCAUGGGACUAUCGCCUCCAGCUGAUCGGCCUGGGAUUCGCCUUCUACACAGCGAUAUUCCUCCUCUCCCACCUCCUCUCUGUGGCUCUGUGCCGCACCUACAAAUCCCUGCAGGCUAAGGAGAAGGUUUUCUGGAACCUUGCGGCCACUCGGGCGGCAUUUGGCAUCCAGAGUACUGUAGCGGGGCUCCGGGCCCUGACUGAGGACUCUGUGUUGAGCAGAGACAGAGUGAGGGGACAAGAAGACUGGUCGUGGUUCCAUGUCCUCACAGCGACAGGUUUCUUUGCGUUUGAAAAUGUGGCACUUCAUGCGUCCAGUGUGGCAUUUCGGUCGUUUGAUCUUCCACUGGCGACGCACCACUUCUUCGCCCUGUCGGGUUAUGGAGGGGCGGUGGUGUGGGAUUCUCUGGGUCACUUCUUGCCGAUGGUUACACUUCUGCUGGAGAUGAGCACGCCGUUCACCUGUAUAUCCUGGAUGUUACUGAAGGCCGGUUGGGCACGCACUCUGUUCUGGAAAGCCAACCAGUGGGUGAUGGUCCACCUGUUCCACUGUCGCAUGGUCCUCACUUAUUUCAUGUGGUGGGUAACCUUGACCCACUGGGGAGAAAUCAACACCCACGUGGCUCUGCCUCAACGCCUACUCUUCUUCACUGGCCUCGCUCUGCUCACGGUUAUCAUCAACCCCCUCUGGACGCACAAGAAGACCAUGCAGCUGCUGAAUCCUGUGGACUGGAACUUUGGUAACAAGCCGGCACCAGGAAAUGACACCACGAGGGGUCAGUCAGAGGGUCCGGUAAAACCUCAUUCCAGCUGAGGAGUGUCAGAGAUGUCAUUUCUUGUUUGAAUAAUGGCAUUUAUUUUUGUUUUUUAUAUCAUGGAGGUGUGAAGUAACUUUUAGUGUGAUGGUAUGAUGUUUGUUUUUUUUUUAAGUUUUAAUUUUCGGCUUUAAAUAAGAUUUUUUUUUUUAGAAAUUGGAGCCCCAAGUCCCUCGUGCUGUAAGUGGACAUUCCUGUUAAAAAAGGGUAAUUAUAACAGACAGGAUAUUCUACUAUCUGAUUUUACUUUAAGGCGGUUGAUGCAUUUUAGAUUAUUAUGUCUUUCAUUAGUUUUCCCAUCUAAAUCCUUUAAUAUGAGGGUGUGGUUUUCAGGGCACUGGAAUGCGGCCCCGUCUGUUUACAUCACCUUCAAGGCACUGUGUUGUGAAAUAUCUCCUUUCCCAAUCAUAUGAUUCAUUAUUUAUUAACAACAGGAGAGAGAUAUUAGAGCAGUUCUUCCAACAGUCACUCAGUAGCAAUAGCAGGAAAUAGAAAGUCUUGGUAAGUAAAUCAGAAUUGAGUCAAAUAGCAAAAUGCAAAAAUCGUAAGAAUUCUGUACAUCUUCAGUAUUUCAACGUUUUUAUUCUGCCUUGCUUGAGGACUGUAUCUUCCUUGUCUUCCCACGGCUAUUUCUAGUCUGUUGCUAUUGAUAGUGAUUUUGAACAGACUAGUUGACAUGUUGGAAACAUGACAUGCGAGAGUCACGACAGAUUGUUUUCUUUCUGAGUGCUCAGCCAACGAUUGAGUAGUGAAGUCAGAAUGUUGCCUCUCUGUCGCACACAGCUCCACGGCUGCUUUUCUAACAGACACGGUUACUCAGCACUGGUUGCUCAGAGAACACCGUACAAUUGGAUUGAGUUUAAAGAAUGAGCUUCUGUAGGUUAGUUAUUGGAUCUAUUAGAUGCUAAGUGGACAGUUAGAGCUGUUUAUUCAUGGGUCACAUUGUGGUGUUUUUAGACUCUGAAUCCACUUUCAGUAAAGAAAGAAACGUUUAUCAUGACCACGACAGAAUUGUCUUCCUAGGUGUAGGAAAAGCUCAGGAAUGAUCCACUUGACAAAGGCUUUAUUGUUCAAAAUGAAGAUGGGUUGUGACUAAACUGAAGAAGCAUUGACACAGAAUUACUGAUUUUUUUACCAUGAAGUAUUUUGAUAUUACGAACAAGGUACUUUAAACUGGAUGAGUUUUACUGAAGUGGGUUUAUUAUACAUAUACCAUAUCCUAAAUUUGCUAAGAGUUAUUCUUCUUUGUGUGUUUUUCCACACAAUGGUGCCAUUGUGCUGGUAAUCUUGGCCUUGUGUGUUUGGUUUGUGUAUUGUCAUUUAUCUGGCACAAGAAGUGUUUUGUUUCUUCCAACUGCAAACAUUCAGAUUCUUUACAGUUUUUCCACAUUUUCCAGUGUGUUGGCUUUAACAGCGUUGCUACUGUAUGUAAUUCAUUGUUCAUAUUUUUAAUUUCAUUCACCAUCAGUAUUAAUUUAUGCACUAAUUUUGCAUUUGGGGGGGAGGAGGGGAUGCAAAACAACACCUUGGUUUUAGCCUGAACCAGUAAACAAGAAAUGAAUCCACUGUAGCAGUUACUGAUCACUUGAAGAUGUUUUUAAGUUUGUUUUUUUAUAAUCCUGUGCUUCUUAUUGCCGGAUGUGCUCCCUAAGACUGUGAAGUGUCUGUGUAUCUUUGCUGAGUAAAAUCAGGAUUUACUCAUAUCUGAAACAAUGGCUGAUGUACAGAGAACUGGGCUGCAUUUUAUUCCUCAGCAUUAUCAAGAUAACUGCUAAGCCACCUCAAGGAUGACUUGAAACUACAGUUUGUUCAGUCAAAUACAAAAAUAUGUACACAUUCUGUGCUGUUCACAACUUCAGUGACUGGAAAUGUGUUUAUAACAUGAGAAGUAUUUUCACCACAGUAGUAAAUAUAUAGAUUUUUUUUCCCGUUAAACCUUCCACUGCAACAUUUACUGAAACAUUUUUGAGAUCGCAAAAUGUUGGAUUCUUUUUUACGUUGCAUUUCAUGUAACGACAUUAUAGCAAUAACAUUAUGAGAUGGGUGGGAGAUCCCCUAUAAGUCUAAUGCCACAUACUGACAGUUGCAAUAUCAUGUGUGGACAAAUACAUUCAUUUGAGUUAGUUUGAUUUACAAAAUAAAAUGCUUUCUCACA